CUUCUCUCAAGAUAUGAUGUAUUCCUUUUGAUCCUUUUUUCUCUUUUGGUAUCACUAUUACAUACUAACUAUCUGACGUGUGCUACUUGGACUGGCCUAGAACCUACGUUAGUGCUUUUUAUUGUGCCAUAAGCAGCCUUUUCUGACUUGAGCAAUUCUCUAGGCAUUCAUUCUAGCUCACCUACAUUUUCCCCGACCUGCCUAUUCAGACUACGGGGGUUUCCACUGUAUUUUACACAUCCCACUCACCAGACAUAACACUUCACUCUCAACUUUGACUCGGCUUUAUCAUCAUUUCUCAUAUAGCCCAGCAAAUCGAAUAUGGCUGAUGAACAUACCAUGUCCAACGAGGAGUGGGACGAGGUCGCUCAGGACAUCCCCUCACUCUCCGACCCUUUCCUGCAGCAGUACCUCACAGGCCGGGCAAACCUCAUAAGCCAGGAGAAAAAGUCUCGCUCCGAUGCUUCUUUCAGGGCUUCUCUUUCACCUAUUGCCCAGCGCGCCAGUGAUAUUGUUGACCGCAUUCGUGAUCAAGAGAAUGACACUGUCUGGACCCCUCAAGUCGAGGAAGACCUCGCCCAGGCUGGAAAUGAGUGCAUCUUCCCGGGAAUGAUGUUCAUGCUGGCAAAGGACCGAAUGGAAAAGACAAAUCUCUGGAACAUUGUUCGUCGUAUGCCAAAGGGUGCUCUGCUGCACGCCCAUAUGGAUGCCAUGGUCAACUUUGACUUUCUCUUUGACCAGCUCGUCAAAAUGCCAGGCAUGCACAUAAGCAGCGAUCGACCCCUUAACACAGACGAGUCCAGAGAGGAUGCAACCCCCAACUUUCGAUACAGAAAGCAGGCCGACGCCGAGGCAUCCAUUUGGGAUGAGAGCUACAAGGCCGGCACCUUUGUGCCAUUGAUCAAGGCAGCUGAUGAGUUCCUCCACGGCGGACGAGCAGGUUUCUUCAAGUGGCUCAAGGGAAGAUGUACUCUCUCCGUCACUGACAGCCACGAGCAACAUCAUGGCAUUGAUGCCAUCUGGGUCAAGUUUGCAAAGUGUUUCAUGGUUUGCGCCACGAUCAUUCACUACGAGCCCAUGCUCCGAGUUUUCCUUCGCGAGCUCAUGAAGAACCUCAAAGAUGACGGUGUGAACUGGGCCGAGCUUCGCAUGACGUGGUCACUUAACUAUUGCCGCGAUCAGCAAGAAGAACCUGAGAAGGACUACAACCACCUGUUUGAGGUUAUACGCGAAGAGAUCGACAACUUCAAGAAGUCGCCCGAAGGUGAGGGUUUCUGGGGUCUCACUACCAUCUGGACAUCUCUACGCAGCUGGCCAACUCGUACGAUUGUCGAGAACAUGGACUUCUGCAUCGCCACCAAAAUGGCCUUCCCUGAUCUCAUUGCGGGAUACGAUCUCGUGGGCCCUGAAGAUAUGGGUCGACCCCUAUCUGAUCUCCUCCCCGAGCUGUUUUGGUUUCGCAAGCAGUGCGCUGUGGAGAACGUCAACCUCCCUUUCUUUUUCCACGCCGGAGAGACCCUUGGUGACGGCACCGACACUGAUUCCAACAUAUUUGAUGCCAUCCUGCUAGGAACUCGACGUAUCGGUCACGGAUUCAGUCUCUUCAAGCACCCCCUCCUCAUCGACAUGGUCAAGGAGAAGCGAAUCCUCAUCGAGUCAUGCCCCAUCUCCAACGAAGUCCUCCGCCUGUGUGGCUCCGUGACAGCCCAUCCCCUGCCAGCCCUCCUGGCCCGUGGUGUCGCUUGCAGUCUGUGUAACGAUGAUCCCGCUAUGCUCGGGCAAGACACAGCCGGCAUGUCGCACGACUUCUUCCAGGCCGUCCAAGGAUGGAAGAACCUUGGUCUCGCAGGCCUCGGCAGCCUUGCCGAGAACAGUGUCAGAUGGGCUGCUUUUGAGGACCAGAGCCAGGCUGACUGGAUUGACGACAUCAAGCAGGCCAGUCUGGGCAACAACCUCAAGGCCAAGAGGAUGCAGCAGUGGCAGAUUGAGUGGGAGAAGUUCUGUCUCUGGAUUGUCGAGGAGUUUGGAGACGAGUUUGGUGAUGAGCCAAAGGAAGCUGCCGAGACAAAGGAAAAGGCCAACGAUGCCUAAAGACAUGCUUUUUUUUUUACGACAAGACGAUAGAACGAGACAAAAGAAAAGCGGAAAAGGGGUGCAUAAAGGCGUUGAAUAUUGCGAUUUGAGGCAUGUUCAACACGGACGGGUGAAAAGGAUUCAACCACUGUCUUUGCGGUUUCAGAAAAGUGCCUCGGUCAUAGAAGUCACUGGAUUAGAGCUCACUUUCUACCUAAUUCUCCCAAGGACAGAAA